AAGCCGGGCUCAGGACAGGGUGGGCUGGGGGCGGGGUCUGGGCGUCUCGCUCCUCCCCGGGCAGGGCGAGAGGGGGAAGUCCCGCCCCUCGGCCCCGCCUCCCGACUGCCCCGCCCCCUUCCUGCCGGACGACACGGGGCUGGAAGUCAGGCCAGCGGUUGCAGGCUAGCUUGAGGGCCAUGUCUGUCUCGCUGCCCUCCCCUCUGUUCUUGGACGUGGUCGUGGGCGUGGUGGGCACCCUGUCUUUCCUGCUGGACGUGGCCGCCGACCUGUGGGCCGUCGUCCAGUACGUGCUCGGUGGCCGUUACCUGUGGGCCGCGCUGGUAGUGGUGUUGCUGUGCCUCCCCUCUGUGCUGCUGCAGCUCUUCAGCUGGGUCUGGCUGACCACCGACCCCAUCGAGUUGCACAAGUCGCUGCCCUCGCGUCGUUUCCUGACGCUGCUGCAUGUGCUGCAGCUCGGCUAUCUGUACAGGUGCCUGCACGGGCUGCAGCAGGGGCUGUCCUUGUUGCAGCAGGAGCUGCCAACCGAGAGUGACAUAGCCUAUACAGAGUUCCUGACCCUGGAUAUCAGCAUGCUGCGGCUCUUUGAGAGUUUCUUGGAGGCGACACCACAGCUCACAUUGGUGCUGGCUAUCGUGCUGAAGAGUGGUCAAGCUGAAUACUACCAGUGGUUUGGCAUCGGCUCAUCCUUCCUGGGCAUCUCGUGGGCACUUGUGGACUACCACCGAUCCCUGCGUACUUGCCUUCCCUCUAAGUCUCGCCUGGGCUGGAGCUCCUCUGCCUUCUACUUCCUGUGGAACCUGCUGCUGCUGUGUCCCCGAAUCUUCGCUGUCGCCCUGUUCUCAGCUCUCUUCCCCCAAUAUCUGGCCCUGCAUUUCUUCAGUUUGUGGCUGGUGCUGUUGUUCUGGGUCUGGCUUCAAGGCACACAAUUUAUGCCAAACCCCAACUUUGAGUGGCUGUACCGGGUGACGGUGGCAAUCAUCCUUUAUUUCUCCUGGUUCAAUGUGGCUGGGGGCCGCACCCGAGGCCGUUCCGUCAUCCACUUGUUAUUCAUCCUCAGUGACAGUAUUCUGCUGGUCAGCACCUGGGUGACGCACAGCAGCCUGCUGCCCAGCGGGACCUUCUUGCCAAUGUGGUUGAUGAUAGGAGGAGCCUGCUUCCUCCUGGGACUGGCUUUGCGUCUGAUCUACUACCUCUGGCUGCACCCUAGCUGCAACUGGGAGCCCGACCGCGUGGAUGGGGCCCUAAGUCUCCUUCCUAGGAAGCAGCCUAAGCUGCUUUAUAACAGACGGGCCACUCAGUUAGCACAGAACUUUUUCACCAAGAUCAAAGAGGAGAUUUCUCUGGCAGAGGCUGGAGACGUGGAAGGAGCCCUUUGAGGUAGGGUCUGACUCAGCCAGUGAGGAAGAUGUGGAGAGCUGGGCCUUGGAAGGGCCAAAGGCCAAUCAUAUACAAGCUGUUUUCUCUUCCUUACCAACCAUGAGCUGCUGUCACCAAAGCCUCACGUUGCCAUUCUUACCUCUCAGGUGACUGGUGGAGGUAUCCUGUCUCCUGGGUUCCCUGGCCUGCUCUAGGAGGUCCUGGGGUUCUGGGGAUGUUCUCAAGAAGUCUUCCCUACCCCCACCCCAUCCACUCACGUCAAUCAACAAAUGUUGAGAGCACUUUAUUUUCCGGGAGCAUCAUUCUGACUUUUGAACUGGCUGCCGCCCUACCUUCUUUCCUUACCCACUUGAACAACUGAUUUCAAAGACCAGAGGCCAAUGACGACCCUGCCAGCCCCUCCAGUGUUGUGAUGCAGCAGUCUCUACUCUGGCUCUUGGGCCACCUUUAAAGCAAGUGCCUCAUGGACCUGUGGUCUAGGCCAUGCACAACCCGCUGAGUAUUUUACCUCCUACCUCAGUCUGUGAAAGGAAGAGAACAUGUGCGCAUGUGUUUAACAGUAUUAUUAAAACCGUGUAAUAUUUCCCAAACCAGUAUGUACCAUUAAAUACAGUCUGUCAGCCUUUCUAUUACGGACAGGUGGCAGGGGUCUAGAACCCUUUAAAACUGGUACAAACUCCUGGAAUAGAGAUAUGGGCUGACUUAGUUAUGACUUUGUAAUGAAUAUCUAAAUUGUUCCAGUAUAAUAAAAACUCGAGAAGCAGAAAUUGAGAUAAAGACCUGAU